GUGAUCAUAAACUCAGAGGUCUGGGACAUGAGGUCUUACAAGCUUCUUCGAAGUGUACCAUCACUGGACCAGACAGCUAUUACGUUCAACUUCAGGGGAGAUGUUAUAUACGCAAUGCUGAGGAGAAACAUUGAGGACGUUAUGUCUGCUGUUCACACACGACGUGUGAAACAUCCCUUGUUUGCUGCUUUCCGCACUCUUGAUGCAGUCAACUACUCAGACAUUGCCACUAUACCUGUCGACCGAUGUCUUCUUGACUUUGCCACAGAACCAACAGAUUCGUUCCUUGGGCUGAUCACAAUGGAAGACCAAGAAGAUAUGUUUUCCUCGGCCAGGAUGUAUGAGAUUGGUAGACGGAGACCAACAGAUGAUGACUCCGAUCCCGAUGAUGAUGAAACGGAGGAUGAAGAUGAAGAUGAUGAAGACGACGAAGAUGACCUGGACCGAAUUCUGGGACUAG